AUGGGCCGUGGAAGCUGCUGCGGCCGCCAGAAUCCUGAUGACGGACUAUGCGGCUACCACGACUUCAGUGGACUGGAGACAGAGUCAACUGAUGUGGCAAACACAGAAGCUGAGGCAGUCGAUAAGAUGGCCAAGGACCUGGAAGAGACGCCAGACACGGCAUCUCUGCCGCACAAAGGAGACAGAAGACGCAGGCAGAUCGGCACCGACGAGAACCAGACUUCGACGUUGGAGGCCUAG